CAGGGGAAGUUUUUCUGCACUGUUACUUCACUUUAAGUAUUUUGUGGUGUUAUUCUAUCUUUACCUAAGUAAAGGAUCUGAAUCCUGAAUCCUGAAUUCCUUCACCACUGUUUGCACCUCAGACAAAAUCCCACGCCUUUCUGCAUAAUCCAAUCAGGAGUCGCACCUGGAGUACUUGACACAGGUUUUCACCCAGCUGCUUCAAGGCAAAGUCUCUCCCUCCUGUCUCAAAUUACAAAUUGGAAUCACAUCUCAGAAUUAAUAGGCUGCCACUACCUUAAGUCCUUCAUCAGUGUGAGGAAAACCACAACCAACCAUGUUUCAACAACUUUCCCAAACAGUCGAACCUGCUUUCUUACACAAGAAGAGAAAAGUGACUUCAGGAUAUCAUCGGACAUGUCGUCUGGACACACAAAAUGCGCACAGUGUUCUCCAUGUUCUUGGCACCCAUAUGGAGGCAAACCUGUUCAGGAGUGCCCCUCCCAACUCCAAGUUCUUCUCUGUGAAGUGCACUUCCAAUGUUCAGUACAGCAUCACCCCCCCGCCCCAGGAGACAUCCCACCUCGCUCCCAUCCCGCUCAAUGGAAACUCAGUACUACUCAUCCGCAUGAGCCAGGCCAGUCAAUAUGAAAAUGAUAACAAGUUGUCUGUCCAGUACUAUGGGAAGAAUAAAGAUGUGUUGGGGAGAGCAGUCCUGCAUCUGACAGCUGUUGAGAUCUCUCUGGAUGUGGAUGCUGACAGAGAUAGUGUUGUGGAGAAAAACAACCCUAAUAAGGGUUCCUGGAAAUGGGGCGCUAAUGGGCAUGGAGCCAUCCUACUGGUCAACUGUGACUCAGAGCGGACCUACUGGAAGAAACCGGACAGUGAGGCGAACUUUGUCUCCAAAGUGUCAGAUCUGAAGGACAUGUCUGUCAUGGUGCUGCGGACCAGAGGCCCCACUAAGCUCCCAGAGGGUUACAAGCUCACUAUGCACAUCUCUCAGGGCGACGCAGAGAGUGUCAGAGUCUUCAGGUCCAGAUCCUCUGAUAAGGCGACUAAUGCCCUGCAAGGGAAACUCUAUAACCUCUUUGUGAAGGACUAUCCGCUGGUUCUGAGCAGUGAGGUUCUGUCCCAGGAAGUGCCUUACAUCGGAGGCACAGCAGAGAUGAACUUUUAUGUGGAAGGGCUCAGGUUUCCUGACAAAGACUUUGAUGGGCUCAUUAGCAUCAACCUCAGUCUGUUGGAGCCCAUCAGUGAAGGCCUCCCUGAGACGCCCAUUUUCACGGACAAAGUUGUGUUCAGAGUGGCACCGUGGAUCAUGACACCCAACACCCUCAAUCCUGUAGAGGUUUUUGUCUGCAGCACAUCUGAUAACUACCAGUUCCUUAAAGGAAUGAAGAACCUUGUUACAAAGAGCGGGUACAAGCUCAAGAUUUGCCAUGAGUAUGUGAACAGAGGAGAUCGCUGGAUGCAGGAUGAGCUGGAGUUUGGCUACAUCGACUCACCUCAUCACCGGUUUCCUGUUGUUCUGGAUUCCCCUCGAGAUGGAAAACUCCUGGACUUUCCAUAUAAUGAGCUACUGGGCCCCGACUUUGGCUAUGUGACGAGGGUGGCCGAGAGAAAGGAUGUGAGCAGUCUGGACUCAUUCGGUAAUCUGGAGGUUAGUCCUCCCGUCACUGUGAAUGGAAAAAACUACCCCCUGGGCAGAAUCCUCAUCGGAGUGGCAUUCCCUACGGCAACUAAAGGACGGAACAUGACCAAAGUAGUUCAAGACUUCUUGUGGGCUCAGAAGGUUCAGGAGCCCAUCGCCUUAUUUUCUGACUGGCUCCUCGUCGGCCACAUUGAUGAAUUCAUGACCUUUGUUCCUGCACCUGACAGAAAGGGCUUCCGGCUGCUACUAGCCAGCCCGGACGCAGGCUACAAACUAUUCAGAGGCUUACAGAACGAUGGACACGGACAGGCCAAACUGUUUGAGGGUCUGAAAGAUGAAGAGCCGAUAACAGUGGAUGAUAUACUCAGUCAUGACGGUUUCCAAGCUGAAAAUAACUAUGUGCAGAGCUGCAUCGACUGGAACAGGGAUGUCCUAAAGAGAGAGCUGGGCCUGGACGAAGAUGACAUCAUUGACCUGCCAAUCCUCUUCAAAUUAGAGAUGGAGGAGGACAACACGUACAGAGCAGUGGCUUUUUACCCUGACAUGGUAAACAUGAUCGUCUUGGGCAAAAACCUCGGCAUCCCAAAGCCCUUCGGCCCCAAGGUGAAUGGACGCUGUGCCCUGGAGGCUCAGAUGUGCUGCCUGAUGGAGGGCCUGGGCCUUAGCUGCACGUUCAUCGACGACUUUGCCUCCUACCACAAACUGCUGGGAGAGGUGCACUGCGGCUCCAACGUCCUCAGGGAACCGUUUGCCUUCAAGUGGUGGAACCUGGAGAUGUGAAUGGAAACUGAACAGUGGGUAGAGAUGGCAUAUUGAGGCAGAAAGAUGGGUUGUUUCCAAAACAAUUUUCACGCCAAAAAAAGGGCACCUUGGGUUAGCUUUAAGUUGGAUAUUUCUCUUGUCAAAGCCUUACAUUAUCUGUCUGCCUUAAAAUCAUGAAAUCCUUAAUUUUCUUAUCAAUCAUUUUGGAAUAUGCGCCUUUUUUCCCCAAAUAAUGUAUGCCUCAUUUACAUGCAAAAACACUUGCACAGUAACCAUAAACAUUUACAUAGGAAGAAUUUGCCCAGGGGUUUGGUAUAUUGUAUGCGUAUUCAUCUUUAUUAAACAUUUUUGUUGGCUUUAUUUACAAAAAAGGAUGAAAAGCAAUAUUUACAAACAAGUCUUUUGAACAAGGGCUUAAGCAGACUGUUUACAAGAACAGAAAUACAAUCAUUUGAAUCGAGCACAUAGAGGAUUCGCUCGCAGUCUUGUUGUGGUUUGGACCGGCUGUUGGCAUACAGUGCAAGCACAGUUAGAUGAAUGGUACCACAUAGUGAUGUGCUAUAAUAAUACAGAGCCACAAGGGGGCGUACUUUAACUACUCAAGCAUUUCCAAAGUCCAGAGCAAAAUCAUUUUAAAUUAUCUUUCUGUAAAUCAAUUUAAAAGGCUGUAAUACACAAAUGUGUAAUAAUUACAGAAAAAGCUCUUUCUAUAUUUUUUUCUAUGCAAUCUUUCAAAUGCAAAAAGUUACUUUGUUCUUAUUUGUAGCUAUAAACAGCUUGGUGAAUGCAGUAUAGAGGCUGUUUUGCUUUUGGUCCAGUGUCUUAAACCUUUUGUACUUUAACAAACUGUAAAUUCUGUCAUUAAUUCACUAUAGACAAUAAAACUCAU